UUUUAGCCAAGCGGUGCAUGUUCAAGUAUUGUUAUAUUUCAAUGAUUGAAAUUGUGUGUAAAGAACAUAAAUUACUGAACUUUCGUAACUAUUUUUCGUAAUACUAUCACAUCUAAAUUUAAUGAUUAAUUAGUUAAUUAGCGGUAUGUCACAUUAUUAGUUCGAAAUCUUUUAUCAGUAAUACAUAAUAAAAAUACCAUAUUGCGCAUACAGUAGCUCGUCCGACCCACGCGGUCCCGGUCAGUUCUGUGCAUCCAAUAUGGCUGGUCGAGGUAGUUACGACGAUUCGAGAGAUUAUUCUAGUAGUGGAUAUCGUAGCAGAAAACCUUUGCCAACAGAACCUCCAUAUACAGCAUAUGUUGGGAAUUUACCAAAUGGUGUUGUACAAGGCGAUGUUGACAAAAUCUUUGAGAAACUCAAUGUUAAAGUUAUCAGAUUGGUUAAAGAUAGAGAUACUGACAAAUUUAAAGGUUUUUGUUAUGUCGAGUUUGAAGAUUUGGCUGACUUGGAAGCUGCAUUGGAAAUGGAUGGAGCGGUAGAAGUAGAUAAAAGCGUGAUUAAGAUUGAUGUAGCUGAACUAAAAAGAAAUGACCGCAGUGGUGGCUUUGACAGGAGGGGUCGUGGUGGCAGUAGUGGUGGAGGCUUUAAAGGAAGAGAUUCUGGCCGCAGUGGAUAUAGUGAUGAUUUCGGUAGCAAAUCUAUGUAUUCGAGAUAUAGUGAUAGAAGCUCACAUGGAAGCAGUAGACAAGGUAGUGGAUGGGAUUCUAGAGGUAAUAGAGGCAAUUAUGGCCAAUUUAAUGAAGAUCCUAGCAGUGGAAGCCGUGACUGGUCACGAAGUGCUUCUACUAGAUCGUACAGUAAUAGACCUUUUCGUGGCAGUGGUUCGGAUCGAAAACCUUUUCACGAUGAACCUUAUAAAGAUCCCCUUCCGGACACUACUGGAAGAAAACGUUUGGAACUUAAACCAAGAACUAUUAAGGACCCUGUCAAUGCACUUGCAGAAUCAACUAAAAAUAGUUCCAUUUAUGGAGGUGCGAAACCCCGAGAAGAAAAAUUGAAAAUGAUGGACAAGUAAAAAUAAUGAUAUAUCAUCGAUAGUUUUAAUUUCCCUGCUAAGAAAGUUAUGUAUAGGGGAAGAAACAUUUUUGACAAAAUUUGGAAGGAAACUAAUUUAAAAAUCUCUUAUAGUUUCCUCAAAUCUAGUGAUAGUUCUUCAGAGACACAUAAAAUUAUAAUCUUUUUUUAACUCUAACAAGGUUACGGUGUUAUCCGCAGGAAAGGAUUUAUGCCAUAGACAUAAUCUUAUUACAAUCCUUUUAUGUUUAGCGCAUUUUUAAUAAGAAAUAAACAUUUUUCUUCUGAUGUCUUUUGUAUUUAAAUUAACUUGUCGAUUGAAAGAUACUUGUAAUUAUAAUUACUUGUAAAAGGUGUGUAUGCACAAUGCAUGCUCCAAUAGCGCCUAGUGAUUUAUAUACAUAAAUAAUGAUUGUUAAAAAGCUACGCGACUGAGUACAUUUUAAUACUCGUGUCAAUUUAAUGUUGGGUUAUGUGUCUGUAAAAAUAUUGAGAAUAUGUGUACAAAUAAUUUCAAAUAUAAAAUGUCACGGCACGUAUAUUCCAUCUUACACAAGUAUUUUUAUCUGUACUUGAAACUAGCUCUCGUUUAAAUAAGUACAAAGAAACAUAACUAUUGGUUUUCUUUUUCCUUAGAAUUUUUAUGUUCCAUCUCGUACAACACUGUCAUUGUGUGUAUCAACCAUUUAUUGAGAGAAGAAAGAUAGAGAAAGAGAUCAUACAUUUAUUAUAAAAAUAAUAAUAAUCAUUUGAUAUUACUAAACAAUCGUUUUCCGAUUUGUUUGUCGAUUAUGAAAACUUGUGAAAUAUAACAUGCGGGUUUAACAGAAUUUCAGAAACAUUAAGAACAAUACAAAAAGAACGCGCCGAUUAUCAUUAUUAUAUGUUAAUAUUAUGUAAUGGAUUAACCAUGCGCUAACAAUUAUGUCGAAAAACUGAAUUAGAUGGCACAUCGCGCGAGAAUAGGAAAUAAAAACUUGAAAUAUAUAAUAAUAAAUAUUAUGUAAAACAAUGCUUGUAUAUGAUACUAUUUCCUGAAUAAAGUAGCUGUUUGCCUCAUA